UUCUCCUCACUUCUGCAUUGCUGUACCAGCAGAUGUUCGCGCACCGAAGCCAAUUUCCAGCCUUUAUUUUUACCGGAGCAAGUAUUUGUAUUGCAGCUGAGAGUGAGAAGACGCAGAAGAGCCGGGAGGUUUUCUCUCUCUCUCCGCACGCCUGGAGUGCAUGUGUGUGUGGGGGGACUGAAGAAAUUAAAGACGAGUCUUUAUUUACCACACCUGUGAUGCGCUGCUGUUUCUGAGCAACGAAGACGCGCUCAUGGCUAAAGGUACAGGAAGAGGAUAUGUGUUGAUAGAGGACUUAUAAAUGCACUGGCAACACUGAUCGGUUUAAUAUCACAAGAACCGAACGCAGAAAACAGAUACUCACCCCAUCUCAUUUGAUUUACUUCAUCUCACGGACUCAAACUUAAGCGAGAGAGGUGAUAAAGACAUGAUGCCGUUACACCUGGCUCCCUUUGUCCGCUGGAGAUCCGGGCUUGUACUCGCAUGGAUCUGCCUGUUUACCUUCGGAUUUACCUGCGUUGGUGGAGAGCAUGCGGCCACCGUAACGCAUCCGCUUCCUGCGGCCUUCUCCGACCUUCUGCCCAAUUUCCUGGUGGAGCCCGAUGAUGUUUAUAUUGUUAAAAACAAGCCUGUGACCCUCACCUGCCGGUCUACGCCUGCCACUCAGAUCUACUUCAAAUGCAACGGCGAGUGGGUUCAUCAAGAUCAGCACCUGAUCGAGCGUGACGUGGACCCGGCUACAGGGCUGCCGGUGAUGCAGGUAAAGAUUGACAUCUCUAGACAGCAGGUGGAGAAGAUCUUCGGCCUGGAGGAUUACUGGUGUCAGUGUGUGGCCUGGAGCACUACGGGAACCCAGAAGAGCCAAAAGGCAUAUGUGCGCAUUGCAUAUCUGAGGAAGAACUUUGAGGAGGAACCACUGGGUAAGGAAGUGGCACUGGAUCAGGAAGUUCUCCUGCGCUGUCAUCCUCCAGAAGGCGUUCCUCCUGCUGAGGUGGAGUGGCAGAGAAACGAGGAGCUGAUCGACCCCAAGACUGACCCCAAUUUCUUCAUCACCGAGGACCAUAAUCUCAUCAUCAAACAAGCCCGUCUGGCCGACACAGGCAACUACACCUGCGUGGCCAAGAACAUUGUGGCCCGACGCAAGAGCUCCUCGGCCACUGUGAUUGUCUAUGUGAAUGGGGGCUGGUCAACGUGGGCCAUGUGGUCGGCCUGCAGCGCUGUCUGUGGUCGCGGGUGGCAGAAGAGGAGCCGGAGUUGCACCAACCCCACUCCCCUGAACGGCGGGACGUCCUGCGAGGGCCAGAGCGUCCAGAAAAGCGCCUGCACUGCCACCUGUCCAGUGGAUGGAGGUUGGAGUGAAUGGAGUAAGUGGUCGCCGUGCGGAGUGGACUGCACCAUGUGGAGGAGCCGGGAAUGUACGCAACCUACACCAGGUACCAGAGGAAAAGACUGCCAGGGUCUGGAUCUACAGUCCCUAAACUGCACAAGCGAGCAGUGUCCACAGACCGCGUCAGGUGCUGAGGAUGUUGCCCUUUACGUGGGCAUCGUGGCAGUCGCCCUGUGUCUCACCCUGCUGUUGAUCAUACUGGUGCUGGUGUACCGCAGGAAGAAGGAAGGUCUGGAUGCAGAUGUGGCUGACUCGUCCAUCCUCACCACUGGCUUCCAGCCCAUGGGCAUCAAGCCCAGCAAGCCAGGUGUGUGGGCACCGCGCAGGGCAGCCCGCAGCAAAAACUCUCAUUUGCUCACAAUCCAGCCCGAUUUGACCACCACCACUACGAGCUACCAGGGAAGUCUGCGUUCCCGUCACGAAGUCACCGGAAAGUUUUCCAUGAGCAAUGGCCCCCUUCUCGAGCCGCUUCCCAACGGCUCUCACACGCUACACAACGGAAAGCUGCCCAGCGACCCCAACGCCUUCAUGGAUCGCCUUUCCACACAGACGUAUUUCAAAACGCUACCGAGAGACAACGUCAACACAUCGUACGGCACCUUUAAUUUCCUGGGUGGCCGUCUGACUCUCCCAAACACUGGAAUCAGUCUGCUCAUCCCGCCAGAGGCCAUUCCCAGAGGGAAGAUUUAUGAGAUUUAUCUCACCGCUCAGAAGAACGAAGAUAUGAGGUUGCCCCUGGCUGGUUGCCAGACACUGCUAAGCCCCGUGGUGAGCUGCGGCCCGCCCGGUGUGGUGCUCACCCGGCCGGUCAUCCUCAGCAUGGACCACUGCUCCGAUGCCUGCCUGGAGAACUGGGCCAUCCGUCUGAAGAAGCAGUCCUAUGAAGGAACCUGGGAGGAUGUACUUUUGUUGGGGGAGGAUGUGGUGUCCGAGCCCUAUUACUGCCAACUGGAAGCGGAGACGUGCCGGGUCUUCACCGAACAGUUGGGUCGCUUUGCUUUGGUGGGGGAGUCGCUCAGCAUGGCUGCGGCCAAACGCCUAAAACUGCUGCUGUUUGCUCCCGCCUACUGUUCCACCCUCGAGUACAACAUCCGUGUCUACUGCAUGGAUGACACACAGGACCUGCUAAAGGAAGUGAUGCAGAUGGAGAGACAGCUGGGAGGUCGAUUGAUCGACGAACCUCACGUCCUGCUCUUCAAAGACAGCUACCACAACCUGCGACUCUCCAUCCAUGACAUGCCCCAAACACACUGGAGGAGCAAACUACUCGCCGGAUAUCAGGAGAUCCCAUUCUAUCACAUCUGGAGCGGCUCUCAGCGGACCUUACACUGCACCUUCACACUGGAGAGACAGAACCUGAGCAUCUGUGAUCUCACCUGUACACUGUGUGUGUGGCAAGUAGAAGGAGAGGGACAGAGCAUCAGCCUGGAUUUUAACAUCUCAAAGGACAUCAGACCACUGGACUCAGAUUUCCUGAUGAUGGACAACUGUACCCCUGCCCUGGCUGGCCCGAGUGCGUUCCAGAUCCCUUACCUCAUCCGACAGAAGAUCUGCAGCAGUCUGGACGCCCCCUGCCCCAACGGAGCCGACUGGAGACUACUGGCUCAGAGACUGAAACUCGACAGGCACAUGAGUUUCUUCGCAUCUAAAUCCAGUCCCACAUCAGUGAUCCUGGACUUAUGGGAAGCUCAGCACUUCCACAGCGGUAAUCUCAAUCAGCUCGCCGCCGUGAUGGCCGAGAUCGGCAAACAGGAAGCCAUGAUAUUCCUGGUGUCAGACGGCGAGUGCUGACACGUUAAGACUGGCCGUCUCUCCGAGUGAUGGGGUUGGGGGAAAGAUGCGACCCUCUGCCCGCCCCGCCACAGACGAGAAACAAAUCAAAGAACAGGGUUUACCCAACUAUAUGAGGCCACUUCCCCAGCGAAUAGGGAAAAGAAAUAGACAACCUGCCAGAGCUUUUAGAUGUACUGUGACUGAAUCAAAUGGCCCCUCUCUCAGAACAAAAAUAACGGUGUAUAGUCAAUUCCAGAAAUGGCCUCAGCUGACCAAUACGAUAUAUGUUUGUGUUAGGCACAUUGAUAUUUUAAUAUCGGACUGGCAACUAAAACGAAACGAACGGUAUGGAACGAAACGCAAUGUCGUCCAAGUCCGCCACAUCGGUAAGGAGAAUAUUUAGCAAAUUCUGAUAUGUGACAUGCAUUUUGUAAAUGUGCACCAUUUAGCAAUAUCCAAUCACGACAAUUUCCUUUGGCCGCACAUCUGCUUAUCUCACAAAGCAUUUGACACGAGAGCAGAUUUUAGUCAAUUUCAGGUCAGAAACAUUAAUAAAGAAAGCAAAACUGUGGUUUUUGUCAGAGCCAUUCGGUUUUAAUUCUGCCCCUGUGCACUUACAGUAUGUAUUUUACUACAUAAAGCCAUAAAGUCCAAAAAUUCACCUCGAUGCAUUAAGUGUGUUCUGAUCUGGAUCGAUCAUCAGAAAAUAGCACAGCUUUCUCUGAAUCAUUUGAUGUUAAAGACAAAUUGGUGAUCGAGGACCUUGGACGUUUUCAUAAACACCAUGUUUGCUUGUUUUUAUAGAUUUUGGGUCAAAUGUUCUACAAAGAGAAUCCCCUGAUUGUAGAUUUGUCAUCUAAAUUUUAAUUUGAAGUUUAUUACGAAGGAAGAUUUUGAUUCUGAUAAACAGAAAAUGCAAUACAACCAAAUGCAUCAUUUUCAUUCAUAUUUUGUCUAAAAAGCCAUUUCGGCUCCAGGGCAAACUCUUAUCUGUAGGAGAAAGAAGAUUUUCACUCCCACUUCCCAAACAGCAAACGUUUCAUCCAAGAAAACUUAAUCAAAACCCGUCAUAUUUUUCAACCGUGUUGUUUGUGGUAUCCUGUCACACUCGAUAGAUUUCACAACACAUCUUUGCUCUGACUCACGGCACCGUGAAUGUGCAUUACACACUUUCAAGAUUGUCCGAUUUUUUUGAAUGUGCGCGCAUUUCAUUUUAUAUGAAGGAUGAUCUGCGAGUUACAGCUAUAGAUCACAGAUUGGCCGCUUUGAUCUGGGAUGCAACGUGAGAAAUCGAUAAAUUUCUCAAAGAGAAGGCCAAAUUGUAAUAUUUUUAUGAUCAUUGUGCUCAUCGUGUUCGUGAUGCAAAUUUUUCCGUUAAUACAUAACACACAUCUGCAGCUACCAAAGCCUAUGAGCCAUCUGGAGCAUUUAAUUCCUAUGCGUGCCGUCGUGAACGUUUAGUUUUUCUUUCGCUAUGUCAUCGCUUCGGGUCGCGUUUUAGUUUUGAGCAUUAAAACGAUUUAAAUAUUUAAUACAGCACUUUGUAAAGUAAUUGUAAAUGAUAUUUUAAUAACGAGCCAAAAAAGACAACUGACGUAACAUUCGUCUAAGUAUAACCUGUGAAGUGUUCGCCUACUGUUCAUUGGUUAUAUAGCACUGAGUUCAUUAUGAAGUGUUUGAGGUUUCGACUGUUUUUCAGUAAGUUCGUAUAAUGACGUUAUUUUUUUGUCCUGUUGCUAUAUGGGUAAUUAAUCGUCAGACUCCUACGAAAUCUCAACACAAUGUUGUGCGAUGCACCAGUACUUGCCGGCAAGAGUAUUUUAGGGGAUUUAAUGCUGCGAAUGCAUUUUCAGAUUCCCUCAGAUAACCCUCAGGUUUACAAACAGGAGCUCAGUUGAAGCAGACUCGACAGGUUACGCAUUUUUAAGCGCGUUUUCUUUAUGGAGUGCAUAAAUUAUGAAUUUCUCACCGGCAUAAAAAAAUCAUCCCAGCAGCCCAUCGUUACAAACCAGAAGUCUGUUCGGCUUACGAGCGAUGAAUACGGCAGCAGAAGUUUUAUUUAUGAUACAAAAGCUGAUCUCUUUUCACGACUGUACAUUUCGUCAGCCUCAUUCAUAGCUGUUUUGUGUACGAGUGUGUGCUAUUUACUUUUCAUUCUUUCUUUUUCUAAAAACAGUAGAAUUGUGUACCCGUGAAUGUUCUUCGAUUCGAUUUUUUAUGUUCCUUGCCUUUCUGCAAGUCAAAAUGCUGUAUAACAUGCCACAGCGCUUAUGCAAUUGUAUAAUUCUUUUCUAUUCAUUUUUGUAACGUUAAUUUUUCAUUUACCUUGUCAAUGUAAAUCGUCAAUGAUUUUGUGGUAAUAGGAAGCCGUCUUUCUUUCGCGGAAGGUUUUCUGUACUCUUUGGACAAUGAUAUGGAUUUGUGGGUAGAAUUUUGGAAAUUCGUUUCUAAGUGCUUUCAAGUAUUUACUUGGCCUUAUGUAUAUAUCUCUAUGAAAUUUCAGAAAAGGUAUGUAUAGUAAUUGAACCUAAAAUGGAUGUAAAUAAAUUAUAUAUUGUUAAAAGAGGAGUCGAGUGAUUUGUGUAAACGCAGGCUACUCAUUUUCACAUCUGACAUUUGAUUUAUUCUGUAAACUUUGGUAGCCUUUGGAAUAAUCUUGACUUGCAUGGUAAACAUUCAGGGUCAACAAUGUCUGUUAUAUGUAAAAUAAAUGCUUUUCAGUGCUUUAAUACACUGAAAAAAAGUUAACUUAAAAAUAUUUUGAGUUAACUUAAAAAUGUUAGUUGACAAUUUUUACACAACUUUUUUGAGUAAUAUUUUAAACUCUUUACCCGCCAUUGACGAGUUUUCUCCUCAAUUAAGAGAAAACGCUUCCUUGCAUUUUAACGGCAAUCCUUAUUUCCCCUAUUAUCCAUUCAUCAUUUAUCAAAAAUGCAUACGUUCUAUUCAUAAAACGAACGUUCACACAGAAAACGCAUGUAUCUCUUUCUUUCAGAUGUGAAAUCUAUAAAUCACAAAUUAACUUGUACUGAGCAGUUCCAGAUCUCCACCUUUAAACAAUGCAUAAUUAAUGUCAUAAAAAAAGAGUGUCAAUGUCAAUUGUCAAUGUUUAAACACUUUUCGAGCAGCAAGAAUGGCCUAUUUUCCAAAAAACUGUAAGAAUCGUAUAAGCAAAAGUGUGUAUGUCUGCCCUGAUGGU